AUGUCAUUUUCAUCUGCAUCUUCAUCAGUACCGAUGCCAUCUGUCCAAAAUCAGAAUUAUACUAAUGGCGCCGGUGAACAAAUAGAAGCAGUGACUUUACAACGAUGCAUAGAUAACAUAUCGAAUAUUGUUACGAGCAUACGUACAUUCAGUUCAUCAAGACAUUUGAAACCUUUGACAACUGGUGUAGUAAAGAAUUUGAAAAUGCAUAUCAAAGCACAACUUCCCAUGUUACAAGAAACAUUUCUUAUUCAAAAUCGUCUGAGCGUUUUGUAG